GGAAGCAAUAGUGAAAAGCCCGUCACGCGAUUUUUAGCGAAAGAGCGAGAGAGCGAGGGAGAAGACCGCCACAGAAACCGCGAUAGAAGAUGUCGUGGCAGGCGUAUGUCGACGAUCAUUUGUUGUGUGAGAUCGACGGCCAACAUCUGACGGCCGCCGCCAUCAUCGGCCACGACGGCAGUGUCUGGGCUCAGAGCGAUAAUUUCCCGCAGUACAAGCCUGAAGAAAUUAAUGGCAUUAUGAAUGACUUCAGUGAACCAGGGUAUCUUGCACCAACUGGUUUAUACGUUGGCAACACUAAAUAUAUGGUUAUUCAAGGUGAACCUGGGGCAGUCAUUCGUGGAAAGAAGGGAUCUGGAGGCAUUACCAUCAAGAAGACAAACCUGGCUUUGAUCAUAGGCAUUUAUGAUGAGCCAAUGACUCCUGGACAGUGCAACAUGGUCGUUGAGAGGCUCGGCGAUUAUCUUCUCGAACAAGGUUUUUAAGUUUUAUCUCUGAGAUUUGUAUUUCCUCCACAUGGGCUUGGAUCUACACACCAAUCAAUAACUUAUUCGAAUCCAUUUUGGUUUUUAUGGGGAACAUGUACUGAAAUUUAUCGCUUAAAUGCCCCCAUUUUCAGUCAAAAAAAAAAAAAAAUACUGGUUUGCUCGCUAUGUAUUUUUGUAUUUGAUGGGUUUUGCUACUUCUAAGUGGUGAUAGAGCGCACCUAUACCUAUUUGAUUGACUUGUGGAUUGUAUUGCACUCUUUUUGGUUUCUUGCUUUUGCUCUUUCUAGCAAUAAUUUAUACAUUUGUUCUAUAU